AUGGAUCCUCUUCCUCCUGUUUAUGGUAUGAUAUUCUCACGGCUGUAUAUGACGCUUGUCGCCAAAGGUUGGUCCGUGCCCACAACGAGCUCAUGCAGCGUCGCGCGGACAUCAAUGCCCAACGACAAGCCGUUGCCUGCCAUCCCUACAGCACGUCCGUUGCCAACGGUGCUGACGAUUGAAGCUCGUAGGCACCGUUUACGUUUCAUACGGCAAGUCCUUCGAGAAGACGCCAGUGACUCCAUCUCAGAGAACGCGAAGGAAACCUGGGCACAAUGCAUUGAAGAAGCUCUGGAUGAGCUCAGCGCCAGUAUGACUCGUGGUGGUUGGCUGGGAGGUAUCAAGCAAGGUAGAGAGCUGUUGGCGCAUAAACGGGUCGCGCAGCAGAAGGCCCUCGCGCAAGACGCGCAGGAGGCCUUGAAGCACCCAAAGAAGUCGGCAAGUCAGAAGACGGGCUCCCCUGACAUACCUUCCAGCGGGAGUCCUUCGAAGUUGACACUCAACCAAGUAAAGGACCUGGUUGCGCAGUCCCAUACUCCCGCACCCAAGUCUGUCGCUAAACAUCUUCUGUUGUGCGUUGCACCGCUGGGGAGUAGGCUAGCUAUCUCGAGAACUGCUGGUGUCGUCCUACCGGCUUCUGCAAGCUGCAAAUUCUCUAAUGGGGUGUUUACGUUGCCAGACGAAGGCCAGUCAACGAUUUUGUUGGGUCUAGACGGAUGGGAUAGUAUCAUAUCCCCAGACGAGGGACCAACACGUCUCGUCGGCGGCACCUUCUCUUUUGUCGGCGUGGCUUCGUCUACACAACACGCUCUCCUGUCAAAAGCCCUCCGUGUCGCCACAUAUGUGCACCUCUCACUGGUUCUCGAACAACACUUCCUCUCCUCUUCGCAUGUCCAACUCCAUUUUCCCAAGCCGCGUGUUGCCGCUACACACCGGUCGUUCCAAUCCCACCAAACAGCACAUCAAGAGGACACUAGAGCUCGCCAGCAACGGAACUCGUUUUUGCCCACACCUGGCGGCAUUUUAUCGUACUUAUCUAAGAAGGCGGGUCUUUACCGUUCGAAUAGCUCGACUUCCGUGUCCAGUCGCGGCACAUCUUUCGACCUCAGCCGGCCUCCCACAGUAGAGGACAGCCCGAUAGCCUCCGUGGACACGUCGAGCACUCCAUCACGUCGAUUUUCUUUCGUCCACGAUGUGCGCCCUUCAUUUCUCAAGCCAACAUCCCCUAAGCCUGGCCCUGAGCUCCCUUUCGCAACUUUAGUACACAAUAUCGAGCAAUGCAAAGAGUUGUACUCUACGUCUACAGGUGUAGUCGUAAAGCCGCCGACUCUAAUCGUGGGCCUUGCGGAGAAGGAGAAGCAGUAUCCGGAGAGGAAACUGAAGGGAGACGAAAGGACGGGGCUGAGUAGUAUUCUGGGAUGGGACGGGAAGGAGUCGCGCGGGAAGGGGAUGAGUGGGACAUCUGGAUUUGUGAGGCACCAAGGAAUCAGUGCCCUUUACUCCCUCUACGUCCCGUCUAGCGAAUCAACAACUCCGUCGUCAUCUGAAUCCACGUCGCCUUCUCGUGCCUCCCUAGUCAUUCCGGACGCCAGGCCGUCUCUCAUUGCUUGCGGGCAACCCCGCUGGGUAUCAUAUAGGUAUUACUCGCGGGACCAAUCGCUAGACAAAUGCCUUGGAGAGGUGAUCACAGAAUGGGUAUCUUGCUCUGGGCUGCACUGCUCGGAGAGUUCGCAGUGUAAGCUCAAACGUGGCGAGCAUGAGAUGCGGUUCAUACACGGUGGGGUGUGCAUUGCAGUGAAAGUGCAGCAGGCAGAGGAGGAGGCGCCGUGGAGAGAGGAUGACAUCGAGAUGUGGCAGAGUUGUGACGUUUGUGGCGCGCAAACGAAGCAGACGAUCAUGUCGGAUGGCACCUACUUGUUCUCAUUUGCGAAAUUCAUUGAGCUACUGGUCUAUUCACCAGAAAUACAUAGACUGCAUCCCACCCUCUGUGACCACACAUCUCCUUCCCCAUCCCCCUCUUCUCCUUCUUCUCCAUCGUCUCCCAAAAGUACUACCUCUCCUCCAUCUAAUAGACCCUCCCUCAGUAUCCUCCGCCAUUUCCGCCGAGGUUCCGGGACCGUCUCCUUCUCUCUGACUGCCAUAGAUGAGAUAUUUGAGCUCAAAGUCCCGCGGCUGCAGAUACUCCGCAUGUACGGCGAAAAAGCAUCCAAGGAGAGUCCGACAACCGGGACGAGAACGAGCACGAGCAUGGUAAGUACGAUUUCGGAAGUGGAAGAGAGGUCUACGGAGGCGGAGAAACGCGUGCUGAGACGCGAGAUCAAGACGUGGUGGGAAGGAGUGGCGGAUCAUAUUGAUAAGUUGGAGGGGGUAUUCAACGGGGAAGAUCCAAAUGCGUUCCGCAAGUCACUGCCUAGGCUGCCCUCUUCUGACGAUCCCUUUGAUGAUGAUAUUGACGAUAUGGACGUCGCAACGCCGACGAAAGCGACUAUAACUGGGUUACCCAUCUCACUCACACCCUUGUCAUUCCCCCAAUCCUCUAGUAACGAUUAUUUUGUCCAUCAUCACGCUCACUCUAUUUCAUCCAACUCCUCAACGUCCACUCAGACAGUUUCGGCGACUACAACCAAUGCUACUCCCGCCCCUGCUCCCGCCCCUGCUCCCUCUGCUGAUCCCGCAGAGUUACUUUCGAGGCUGCGCCACACGUUCCAAAGGAUUGAACAGUCCCUUUACUAUCAAUUAUCCAAAUCACCGCUCUCAUCGCUCAAUGAUGUGAGGCGGUCGUUUCUGUGCGCGUCUAUGGGCGCUAGUAAGCGAUUGGCGGCAUGGCAGCAGAAGCAUCUCCCUGCGGACGUCGCAGAGGCAGUUGGGAAUACUGUGCUAUGUGUCGAACCGGAGUGGUGGGCGAAAGGGUGCCAUGCUGUACCCGGGAGUAAUGUCGUCGUAAGAGAAAACGACUGGGGGAGUAUCAUUGCGUUUACUUUGGGAACCGUUGACUAUCAACACGAACUGGCCAGCAUGGCUUUACCACGCUCCGCGCGAGCUCAACCAAGCUCUCCAGCCUCAACUUCUCCCAGUACCACCACCAGUACGGGUACCUCGUUCUUCUCCCCUUCUCGAGGAUUCCGGUUCUUCACAUCCUCGACACAGAGCCAACCCGACCCUGAUCAGGAAGACGUCGUUUGGUACGAACCAGAGUCGUUCUCCUCUGUGAUAAGCAGAAAGGAACAUCCCAAAGAUGCGACGUAUUUGCUGUCUAUUCGAGAGGUGCUGCGACAGCGGGCAGCUGUAGAUGGACCUUCGACGUUGUCGCCGUCUCGGUUCGUUCCAUCCGCGGGGCAAGGGUCGGCGGGGUCGAAGUCUGCGAAUGGGGCUCCGCCGUCUGCGUGGGCUAAGCCGGAUGUUCAAGUUAGCAUGGAAGCUGCGGAUGGGAUAGUGAGUUGUCUGCCAGAGAACGCGGAAAGCGCGGGGCGGAUUCUGCAGGAAAUUGAGUCGGCGGAGGUAUCGAGGCCUGGCUCUGCGAUGUCUGGGGCUUUGGGGUCGUUGGAGGGGUAUAUUCGUCGGGGUAAAUCGGGGUCGACGCUCUCAGUAUCGACGAAAAGUGAUGCUACGAUUGGGAAGGAGAGGAGCAGUCCCGCGGAGUCUGCGCCGCCGCCUGAGGUGCCACCAAAGGAACUCGAGGAUGGUCACCUAGAUGCCGGACAUGGUGCUACUGCCAGUGGCGCAUCCCCCAUCCCAUCGACGCACUCGACUUUAUCACUCAGCAGCGCCUUCUCGAGCGGUCUCGGCUACGCAAUGCGACUAAUCUCAACACAAGUCGAACCAGAGAAGCCCACCCUCCCGUCAAAAGGGCCUCACGGUCUGCUUUCCACCGACGGGAUCUACAUUGACGACAAGCCUCAUAUUAAGUAUGACUGGACUGUGGGGAAGCGCCUGAAGUUCAGUUGUACGGCAUACUAUGCGAAGCAGUUCGAUCUGCUGAGGAGAAGGUGUGGGAUUGAGGAUUGGUUUCUGCAUAGUUUGUCGAGGAGCGCGAAUUGGGCCGCGGAAGGCGGGAAAAGUCGCGCCAACUUCUGGAAGACGUCGGACGAUAGACUGAUCAUCAAGACCUUGGUGAACGCGUGGAAUGUCGCUGACCUCCAAGUCUUGCUUGAACUCGCCCCAUCGUAUUUCCGAUACAUGGACACAACGGCGAAAAGGGCCACUGUGCUCGCGAAAUUGCUCGGCUUCUACACCAUUGAAAUACGCAACCUUGAAACGGGUACUGUGCAAGCUAGGGCCGAUCUUCUUGUUAUGGAGAACCUCUUCUAUUCGCACAAAAUUGUGAAGACCUUCGAUCUGAAAGGCAUUCAAGGUCGGAAGAUAAAGCCUGGGGAUGAUGGCACCCAUCACUCUAAGACGUUGUUUGACGGAGAAUGGAUCGAAGGCCAGCAACGCACGUUGACUCUUGUACAACCACACUCCAAGGCGAUACUGAGGGAAGCGAUACGCAAUGAUGCCGAGUUCUUGGCCAAGAGUAACAUCAUGGACUACUCGCUUCUCUUGGGGGUUGAUGAAGAGAACAAGCAGAUCGCGUGUGGUCUCGUGGACACAAUUGGAAGUUACACCUUCGCGAAGACGCUGGAGUACAAAGCAAAGCAAGGUCUCAAUUCGGGCAAAGAGGUCACUGUCAUCCCCCCAGCCGAAUAUCAGGAACGCUUUGUCAACGCACUAGAACGGUACUUCCUGCCCUGUCCAGACAAAUGGUCGCAACCCAUGGACGGCGUGAAAGUCAGCGGCGACCCGAACUCGCUUCCUAGUGUCUUGUAG